CAUUUCUACUUUCAAAUACCUGCCUUUGCCUUUGCUCUGCAGUGUGAUGUCUUGUCUUGGGUAAUCGGUCGAGUUGAACGCUCAGCGCCAAGUUACCCCGCAACCAUACCGUACCGGUACACCUCUCGCGCAUCGAUACCAAGACACCCCACCACCCACCCCUCCAAGCGACAAGAUGAUAACAGGCCUACACCACAUCAACCUCGUUGUUCCCCCCUCCACGCUCCACCUCGCAACAGAAUUCUACAGCGCAACACUAGGCCUAACCCCGCGCCCCGUGCCAGCAGCGCAGCGCGACACGCUCGCGUGGUUCGACAUUGGCGCCAGCGGGCAGCAGGUGCACAUUGCGUUCGGCGCGCCCCACGACUUCGCUCAGCCGUCGAGUAGACACCCGUGUUUCCGCGUCGGCAGCGCGGAGGAUCUGUUGCGCCUGCGGGAACGUGUGUGGGCGCAUUUCGAGCGCGGCGGGGAGAGUGCGCCGAUGGCUGCUGAUCGGCCGGGGGAGAUGGAUAGUGGGGCCAAGGGAGUGGAGUAUCCGGUGAGGUUCUUUGCGAGGGAUUAUGCGGGGAACAGGCUUGAGUUCACGCUGUGAUGUGGAUGGAGCUGGGGGUUGGCUUGAGUUGCUGAAUGAUGCCUUGAAUACGCUUCUUCUGUACAUGCAAAAUCGUACACAGUCUUGG